AUGGCUCCAAAAGCUAAACAAAACAAAGCCAAAGCUGCUGCUGUAGCAGUCUCAAACUCUUCAAAAGAUUCAUCAUCAUCAACAAAUACUAAUGCAAUUGGAGAUUUUACAAAUUCAAUUGAAAAAUCUAUAAAUUCAUAUUUUGAAAAUUUAACACCAAGAUUAAAAUUAAUUGAUAUUUUUUUAACUUUUUUAGUACUUGUUGCCUCGGUUCAAUUCAUUUUCGUUAUACUGGUUGGUAAUUUCCCAUUCAAUGCAUUUUUAGGUGGAUUUAUUUCAACUGUGGGUCAAUUUGUACUUACUGUUUCUUUACGUUUACAAAGUGUUUCACAAAAUAAAGAUUUUUUUAAAAAAAUUACUCCUGAAAGAGCUCUUGGUGAUUAUAUAUUUGCGAGUUUGAUUUUACAUUUCAUUAUUUAUCAUUUCAUUAAUUAG